AUAACAUUUAGAUUUGUUCACGGCCUAUUAGGACAAUUACUUGAGUACCUUGACCACCGGAUUCCUCUGCCUUAUACUGUUCCGCGGAUAAGACUACCAGGUACCAGUCGCAACGGCCGGCAAAAAGGUGGCGGCGACGGCCCUCACAAAAAAAUAAAUAAAGCAAUCUUCUCCCCAAUACGACGAACUAAAAGAAAACUGAAGAAGUAGAAAAAAAAAAUGGCUAGCUUUGUAUGUCGGGUUUCUUCCUCAGAGGAGAAAGUACAGAGCUUGAUUCUGCAGAGCAAAUGGAGUUGUCAGAGGAGGAGAAAGCGACGGCAAUGGAUGGCCUUCCCCUCUGCUUCGCUUGCGAUUCCGACAGAAACUUCCCCUAUGAGAUCUUCGCAGGAGAUGAUCCACGAUGUGGUUAUAAAGCAGGCGGCUUUAGCUAGAGAAACCUUUCAGUGGAACAGAAGAGCUUCUUCCACCGCUAAGCUAUCAACUCCGGCGAGCUGCAACAUGCUAAGCGCCGCCUAUGAAAGGUGCGGCGAGGUCUGUGCGGAGUAUGCAAAGACUUUCUAUUUGGGAACAAUGCUUAUGACUGAAGAGAGGAGAAGAGCAAUUUGGGCAAUCUAUGUUUGGUGCAGAAGAACUGAUGAACUAGUUGAUGGCCCAAAUUCUAGUCAUACAACACCCAUGGCCCUCGACCGAUGGGAGAAAAGACUCACCGAUCUCUUCGAAGGCCGUCCAUACGAUCUAUUUGAUUUUGCACUUUCAGACACAGUUGCAAGAUUCCCCAUUGAUAUACAGCCAUUCAAGGACAUGAUUGAAGGAAUGAAACAAGAUUUAACAAAAUCAAAAUAUUUGACCUUUGAUGAGCUAUAUCUAUACUGUUAUUACGUAGCUGGGACUGUAGGACUAAUGAGUGUUCCAGUUAUGGGUAUUGCCCCGAACUCGAAGGCCUCGAUCGCGAGCAUUUAUAAUGCUGCUUUAGCCCUUGGGGUUGCUAAUCAGCUCACAAACAUUCUUAGGGAUGUUGGAGAAGAUGCUAGUAGGGGAAGAAUAUACCUUCCACAAGUUGAGCUUGAAUCUGCAGGUUUAUCAGAAAAUGAUAUAUUUGAAAUGAAGGUUACUGAUAAAUGGAGAAGCUUUAUGAAGGGACAAAUUCAGCGUGCGAGAAUGUUCUUCAAUGAGGCCGAGAAGGGCAUUGCAGAGCUUGAUUCAGCUAGUCGAUGGCCGGUUUCAACUUCUCUGAUACUGUACAGGCAGAUAUUAGAUGCUAUAGAAGCAAACGAUUACAACAAUUUCACAAAGCGUGCAUAUGUAGGAAAGGCAAAGAAAAUUCUCUCAUUGCCUGUAGCCUAUGCAGCAACACUUUUUGAUCAUUCCAACCGAAUUAACAAAGCAAGAACUUGAUGCUACUGAAUCAAAGUUUUGGGCUUUUUUACCUUCAAUCCUCUGUUGUAUAUCGUAAAGAUUUGUACAGUCAAUAUGCUAAAUGUUGUUUUGAUGAUUU